AUGUUCUUGAAGACUUUGUUCAGCUUUCUUCUUCUGGUUGUCGCCUUUUGCGCGGCACAAGACCGGGAUACCAUGCACGAUAUUCAAGUCGGUAUGCAGGGACUCAAGGAAGCUGCCAAGGACCCAGCUAUGUUGGCACAACUGAUCCGGGAUAUGCAGGACCCCGAAUUGAUGGCUGAAGCUCAAAAAAUGAUGAACAACCCUGAAUACAAAAAGAAAAUGGCAGAAUUGACCAAAGAUAAGGCAUUCCAAGAAUCCAUCAAAAAGACUACCGAUUCAUUGAAGGAUCCUAAUGCCGCCGCCGCCGCUGAAGCCAAGAUGGAACACAUGCUCAAGGUUGGUAAUGAUCAACUCAAAAAGAAUGCUGGAGAUCAAAUGAAGGAAGCCAUGAACGCCAUGUCCAACCCAGAAGUCAUGGCACAGAUGCAAGAUAUGUUGAAGGACCCCAAAUUCAUGCAACAGAUCCAAGCCAUGACCAAGGACCCCAACUUUAAGAGCUACGUUGAUGCCGUCCAAGAUAUGGUCAAGGACCCAGCCAUGAAGGCCAAGUUUGAACAGGUGGGACAAAAAGUCAAGGCUUCAAUGUAG